AUGGCACCCGAGAUGGACCAGUUCUACAGGUCCACCAUGGCCAUCUACAAGAGCAUCAUGGAGCAGUUUAACCCUGCCCUGGAGAACCUGGUGUAUCUGGGCAACAACUACCUCCGGGCCUUCCAUGCUCUGUCUGAAGCAGCCGAGGUGUAUUUCAGUGCCAUCCAGAAAAUUGGGGAGCAGGCCCUGCAGAGUUCCACCUCACAGAUUCUGGGUGAGAUCUUAGUGCAGAUGUCGGACACCCAGCGGCACCUGAACUCAGACCUGGAGGUGGUGGUGCAGACGUUCCACGGAGACCUGCUGCAGCACAUGGAGAAGAACACCAAGCUGGACAUGCAGUUCAUCAAAGACAGCCGCCAGCAUUACGAGGUCGAGUACCGCCACCGCGCCGCCAGCCUGGAGAAGUGCAUGUCCGAGCUGUGGCACAUGGAGCGCAAGAGGGACAAGAACGCGCGGGAGAUGAAGGAGAGCGUGAACCGGCUGCACGCACAGAUGCAGGCCUUUGUGUCCGAGAGCCAGCGGGCUGCCGAGCUGGAGGAGAAGCGGCGCUACCGCUUCCUGGCCGAGAAGCACCUGCUGCUGUCCAACACCUUCCUGCAGUUCUUCGGCCGGGCCCGGGGGCUGCUGCAGAACCGCGUGCUGCUGUGGAAGGAGCAGGCCGAGGCCAGCCGCGGCCCGUCGCGCGCCCACUCCCCCGGCCUGCUGGGCCCCGUGCUGGGGCCGCCCUACCCCUCGGGCCGCCUGACGCCCACCCGCCUGGACAUGAGCGGCUGGUUCCCCGAGGCCUAUGUGAAACCGUUGGAGGAGGUGGCUGUGAAUCCCAUGACCCCCUUGAGCCCCGUGACUGCCAUAAACCCCAUGAGUCCCAUGAGCCCCAUGAACGAGCUGUCUUCCAGGUCCUACCCACUCCGGGGCAGCCACAGCCUUGACGACCUCCUGGACAGGCCAGCCAACUCUACAGUGUCCCCAGAAUACUGGGACGGCCAGUCCCGCUCCCGAACCCCGAGCAGGGUCCCGAGCCGCGCCCCCAGCCCUUCACCCACACCCUUGCCUGGCAGCCGCCGCGGCAGCAUGGGCAGCAUGGGUGCAGCCAGUGACGUCAAGAAGGUCAUGGCCUGGGAGCAGCACCCCCCGGAGCUCUUCCCUCGGGGCACGAAUCCCUUUGCCACCGUGAAGCUGCGUCCCACUGUCACCAACGACCGUUCGGCACCCCUCAUCCGCUGAGGUCAUUCCUCCAUCGGGGUCUGAGGUAGAACUGCACGCCUGCCCAGGGCCGUUCAGAGCUGGCAGCGGUGGCGGUGGCAGCAGUGGCUCCGAGAUGCCUGGGCCCUGACGCCCGGGCGGCCAUCCUUCCCGGACCACUGCAAACCUGAGCAGCUCCCUGGGUGCUGACAUUCGGUCUGGGGCCUCCAGAGGACAGCAGGCAGAAUUGGGAAACGGAGCAGUUUCUUCCUUGCAGGGGCCCUGGGACUCCCGGGGGCCGCACACUUCUCCCCAGCCUCCUGCCCCUUCCCUGCCCCUGUGCCACACCCGCGCCUGCACAGGGUCCCACUGAACCUCCGUAGGCGAUGAGCAAUAAAGGACGUGGACAUGGCA